AGAUAUGAUAUUAGUGAUAAUGAACAAAACGAUCACUAUUAUAAUUAUUAUGAAUACGACGACAAUAACUUUUCAUAUGAUACUGAUUUACAAAUAUUUGAUGAUGGUACAAUGGCAAUCAUAAUCAAUGAAAAUGAAAGGACAACGGAAAAUAAUGAUGAAAGUCCGAAAAAAAACAAAGUUAUUCGUCGACCAUCAAAUAUUAGUAUCAAAAUAACACCUAAUCUACAACAACAUUCAAUAGAAUCGAUACAAAUUGUUGAAAUGCCCGCUAAAUCCAUUGAAAAUACGCAAAUACAAUCUUGUGAAGUAACAUCCAAUUCGAAUGCUACUUGUCAAACAGCAGCUUUAAUGUUGAGCACAAAUGGUAAUAAUUAUGUAUUAAGCUUGAAUAUAAAACCAACCGAUAAAAAGGAACAAGAUCUUCUGAAUAUUCAUAUUCCAAACAAAAAAAUUGGUGAAAAAUUGGAAAAAUUUCUUGAAGAAUAUGGAUUCCAGGAAUAUUUGGAUGAAAAAUCGUCAAAAAUUACGACAAAUACUGAUUUUGAUUAUCGGACCGAAUCAAUUGCAGAAUCUGAUGAUGAAGAUGCAAAAUCAACAACGACAACAGCAUCAAUAUAUGCUAAUCAAUUAUGUCGAUUUCGGCGACGAAGAUCAACAACAUUCGUACCUACAGAAUUCAUAUCACAUGUAAAAAAUGAUCAGGAUUUUUUUACAAAAUUUAAUCAAAAAUAUAUAAAAGAUAUGUUUCAUACAAAUAAUUUGGCUCAUUUGCUCAGACGUCCAUUUCAAAUUUUUCGAGGCAAAUGAUCUUUACCAAAUUUUAUUAAAUUAUAAUGUUGUUAACAAUUUCAGAUUAAAUUCAAAAUAUUAUCGACAGAAUCAAU